AUGGCCGCGUCCGCCCGCCGCCUGGGCCAUAUCGCCUUCCACGUGCCCGGGGAGCAGCCCCUCGCUCGCAACCUGCAGCGUCUCUUCGGCUUCCAGCCCUUGGCGGCACGGGAAGCUGACGGCUGGCGGCAGUUCGCCUUGAGGAACGGAGACGCAGUCUUUUUGGUAAACCAGGGCUCGGGUCCCGGAGAGCCGCUGUACGGGCUAGACUCGCAUCACGCAGUGUCCAGCGCCACGAACCUGUGCUUUGAUGUGGACGACGCGGCAGCCGCUGCUCAGGCACUAGCAGCGCGGGGCUGCCAGGUUCCGGUGCCCCCGGUUAGCGUGAGGGAUGCACAUGGCGCCGCCACCUACACGGUGGUGAAAUCGCCAGUUCGCAACCUGAGCCUGACAUUGCUGGAACGCACCGGCUACUGUGGGUCCUUCCUCCCGGGCUUUGAGCCCCUGCCUUCCGUGUCCAGCCCGGGCUGGGUCAGUCACGUGGACCACCUAACCUUGGCGUGUACCCCUGGCAGCUCCCCGACACUGAUGCGCUGGUUCCAGGACUGCCUGGGCUUCCGCCAUGUGCCUCUGAGUCCUGGUGAAGAUCCCGAGGUGGGCUUAGAAAUAACCGCAGGGGUCGGAUGCGGAGGCCUGCGGCUCACUGCCCUGCAGACCCCAGUGGGCAGUGCUGUCCCGACCCUUGUGCUGGCUGAGUCCUUGCCUGGGCACGUUGACGGGAAGGAUCAGGUGGAAGAGUUCCUAGCCCAGCACCAGGGACCAGGUCUGCAGCACGUGGGACUGUACACACUUGACAUCUUGGAGGCCACGGAAGGGGUGGCAGCGGCGGGGGGCCAGUUCCUAACUCCUCCGGAGGCUUACUACCAGCAGCCGGGCAAGGAGGACCAGAUCCUAGCAGCAGGUCAUGACCCUAACCUGCUAGCCCGACAGGGGAUCCUACUAGAUGGCAAUCAAGGCAAGUUCUUACUGCAGGUCUUCACCAAGUCCCUCUUUCCGGAGAACACCUUUUUCCUGGAGCUGAUUCAGAGGCAGGGGGCCACUGGAUUUGGCCAGGGCAACAUCAGGGCCCUAUGGCAGUCUGUGCAAGAGCAGGCUGCCAGGUGCCCGAGAGCCUGA